AUGACUCUCUACCCGCCGCAACACUUUUGCGUCAAUAUAAACUGUCGUGGCAUCUCGGUAUUGAAGAAGGAAGAAGUGCGACAAGUACUGCUCUUUACUCUCGAUAGGGGCGUUCUUCCUGCAGAGUUGCACAAAUACUCGGUCUACAAUGGUGUUCAAACGUACUACCUCUCGACCUCUGGUGCGAUUCAGGUCGGCGAACAUCAGUUUAUCGAAUGCCAUCUCAUAGAGACUUCGGCGACUAGGUGCUCAACCGUCCAUAACGACGUGCUCGGUCAGAUCGGCCGCCAUCUCCCCUUUCCUCAGGAUUGGCUGUUUGAUCCUACGCUAGGGGUUGAGCACGUUUGGAGCGCAUUCACGCUAUUCUGUCUCCGUGACCAUUAUUGUCAGCGCGGAAUCCAGCUCCAGCUCCCACACUCCGGUACUCAACAAGAUCGGUUCACUGCAGCUUGCGUGGUCGUCGACAGGGUGACGAUCGGGCAUCCUUGCUGCUCCAUUCACACUUGCCAUGAGGGUCUUGAAAGUCAACGCCACAGGUUCUGUCCAAUGCACCACCAUUUAGACAAUGUUUGCAUGGUCAUUGGCUGCGACCGUCCUGUAGCUGAGGGUUGUCGCGUGUGCGACGAUCCUGUUCACUUGAGUGUGGAGGGCCUGCAUCACCUCCGCGGUCAAUCGCGCUUCAGCCUUGCUGAGACUCUGGAGCGCACUCAAAGGGUCAAUGAUGCUGCCACCGCCAGGCCAACAGAAUCCAAAGACCCUGAGGAGUACGAUUCGGCUGAGGUCAUGUUGGAAGAGGACUUCGUAAUAGGCAGAGGUGGACAGGCUGUGGUGCGAGCACAGUUUGAUUGCAAGCGGACUCACAACAAGCAAAUCAUUGUCGCGCCUUGCAGCAUGAUCAUCACCCAUGCCACGUUCUUUUGUGCAGAGGCUAUAAGCUCUGUGGCAGAAUUUAUCAAACUCACAUACGCUGGCAGGCCAUUCAAACCUGAGCAUGUCUACUUUGACAGCAACUGCAUCCUGCAGCAAUUCAUCGAUUGGGUGGGGGAUCUGUUCUUUCAUGAUAUCAACCUCUCUGUUGACGCCUUUCACUUUAGGACGAAGCACAAGAAAAGCGACAUGUUCUGGCAAGAGUACUGUAACCCAGCCUCGUUCCCCGAGCUCAAGGCACCGGAUGGCAAGUGGUACUUCAAUUCAUCUAUUGCUGAGCAAAUGAACAUUUGGCUUGCCAACUACAAUUUGAUGUGUUGGGAGAUGCGCGCUGAUAGACACAACUUCUUCUUAGAUGAGAUGAUCAUGCGCCAGAACAGGAAGAUUCUCACCAAACUAGCCAAGGGCGAUCAAGCACCUGGUGUUUGA